AUGGGCCCGUUUGGCCCGCCAGGCCCGAUCGGAGAGAAGGGCAUUCCAGGACUUUAUGGUCGCCACGGGAAGCCCGGCGAAACUGGAGCUCCAGGCAUGCCUGGGGAGAAUGGUCCACAUGGGCCCCCUGGUGAAAUGGGCAUCAGAGGUCCGAAGGGUCCAAGUGGACCCCCGGGCCAACCAGCGGCACUGAUCCCCGGCCAGAAGGGUGGACAGGGCCAGCCCGGAAGAAUGGGAGCAAAAGGUGAAAAGGGCCAGCCGGGAAUAGAUGGGAUCCGGGGUCCCAAAGGACCCGAGGGUCUACAAGGCCAGAAGGGAGAGCCAUCGAUUCGGGGACCAAAGGGCUAUUUGGGUUCUAUUGGCCAGAAAGGCCAGAUCGGUAUACAAGGCCCAAAGGGUCGACAAGGACCCAAAGGAGCAAUUGGCAGACAUGGGCCUCCAGGUGAUACACGAGGGAACACCGGAUACCUAUUUGCAGUGUAA